AUGUCGGUCCAACUCAGAGUCUGUGUGGUUGGCAUUGUUGCUGUCUUGAGGCUGGGCUGCCUGUCCUGUGUGGUGUCGCCUCACCUCAUUGCUGGAAGAGCUCCCAGCAUUCUCUUGGGCCCCCUGGCCCAGCAGCUGGCAGAUGUGGACCAGAGGCUCCCUGAGAUGUCACCUGGGGGACCCCACAUUUCUGACCCUCUGACUGUCUCCGCUUCCACAGUUUUCUGCUGCAGUGCCUUUGGCCUUGACAUAUCCCCAGGAGCCUCCUCUGCAGGAAGUGGGUUCAUCUGGAUCUUGAAACUGACACAGCUGCCUGAUUUCAGGGCUGCACGUGCUUUUGCAGUUAAGGUUGCGGCACAAGACAGCUUCUGUUAUCGCUGGCUGAGCACCCGCUGCAGAAACUAUGUGACUCUAAGCAGAAGCUGUAGCCCCUCGAUUGGCCCCUUGGCUGUUGUCUCUUGGAAAUGGGGUCUAAAUUCCUGCAUGCUUAAUGGGGGCUCUCCAGGCACUGGGAGCCCUCACCGCCUUGGGCCAGGGCUGGACCUGCCAGGUGAGAAGAACCAGCAUGCAUCUUCCUGUAGGCCCACAGUCCAGCUGCAGUCCAGCUGCCGGGGUGGAGGCCUGAUUCCCUGGUGCAGCAAGGCCAUCGGGGUUAGAGGCAACCUGGAUCAGAGUCCUCAUUUUGAACUGCAGAGCUCAGGUGGGAGUUAUACCCAUACUGUUGAGGAGGAAGCUGAGGCCCAGAGAAAGCAAGUCUAUAUCAUCCGGGUCACGUGGUCCAGUGGCUCCACAGAGGCCAUUUACCGGCGCUACAGCAAGUUCUUUGACCUCCAGAUGCAGAUGUUGGACAAAUUUCCCAUGGAAGGAGGACAGAAGGAUCCCAAACAGCGGAUCAUUCCCUUUCUGCCAGGCAAAAUUCUCUUCCGAAGAAGCCACAUCCGGGAUGUUGCUGUCAAACGCCUGAUCCCAAUUGAUGAAUACUGUAAGGCCCUGAUCCAGCUGCCCCCCUAUAUCUCUCAGUGUGACGAGGUGCUGCAGUUCUUUGAGACAAGACUCGAGGACCUUAAAUCUCUGGAAGAGAGUAAGGAGCAUGUUGGGAAAAAGAAAUCUGGGGGUGACCUGACCUCAGUGGACCCCAUGGUCCUGGAGCAGUAUGUGGUGGUGGCAGACUACCAGAAGCAGGAGAGCUCGGAGAUCAGCCUCAGCGUGGGGCAGGUGGUGGACAUCAUCGAGAAGAACGAGUCAGGUUGGUGGUUUGUCAGCACGGCUGAAGAGCAAGGCUGGGUCCCCGCAACCUGCCUGGAAGGGCAGGAUGGUAUGCAGGAUGAGUUUUCACUACAGCCUGAAGAAGAGGAGAAGUACACAGUCAUCUACCCGUACACAGCUCGCGACCAGGAUGAAAUGAAUCUAGAGCGAGGGGCUGUGGUGGAGGUGAUCCAGAAGAACCUGGAAGGCUGGUGGAAGAUCAGGUACCAGGGCAAAGAGGGCUGGGCCCCAGCCUCCUACCUAAAGAAGAGCAGUGGGGAGCCCUCACCCCCGAAGCUGGGCCCCGGCUCGUCCGCCCACACCGGCGUUCUCGACCUGGACGGAGUUUCCCGGCAGCAGAGCACGGUGGGCAGGGAGAGAGAGCUGCUCAACAACCAGAGGGACGGCCGGUUUGAAGGCCGCCCAGGGCCCGACAGCGACAUCAAGCAGAGAUCGCCCAAGAUGAGGCAGAGACCCCCUCCUCGCCGAGAUAUGACCAUACCUCGAGGUCUUAACCUGCCCAAGCCUCCCGUUCCACCCCAAGUGGAGGAAGAGUACUACACUAUUGCUGAGUUCCAGACAACCAUCCCUGAUGGCAUCAGCUUCCAGGCGGGUCUGAAGGUCGAGGUGAUCGAGAAGAACUUGAGUGGCUGGUGGUACAUUCAGAUCGAAGAUAAGGAAGGGUGGGCCCCAGCCACCUUCAUUGACAAGUAUAAGAAGACAAGCAAUGCCUCAAGACCCAACUUCCUGGCUCCCUUGCCCAACGAGGUGACCCAGCUCCGUCUGGGGGACGCAGCAGCAGCGGAGAACAACACGGGCAGUGAAGCCGUCGGCCCCUCCCGGCCCCUGCCCGACGCGCCACAUGGUACCGCGGACUCCGGGAUACCGUGGUCCAAAGACUGGAAGGGCGGCAAGGAGGUCCUGAGGAAGGCGUCUUCCGACAUGUCCUCGUGCGCAGGCUACGAAGAGAUCUCAAGCCCCGACCUGGAGGAGAAGCCCAGCCUCCCUCCCCGGAAAGAAUCCAUCGUCAAGUCGGAAGGGGAGCUGCAGGAGAGGGGGCGGCAGAGGAUGGAACAGCUCCGGGGCUCCUCACCCAAGCCUCCGGGCAUGAUUUUGCCCAUGAUUCCAGCCAAACACACCCCCCCGUCCCGAGACAGCAGGAGACCAGAGCCCAAACCUGACAAAAGCAAGUUGUUCCAGCUGAAAAACGAGAUGGGGCUGGAGUGUGGCCACAAGGUCUUGGCCAAGGAAGUGAAGAAGCCCAACCUCCGACCCAUCUCCAGACCCAAAGCUGAGCCACCAGAGGAGAAGCCGGAAGUUGUUCCCCAGAAUCCCUUCUUGAAGUCCAAACCUCAGGUUAGGCCCAAACCAACUCCUUCCCCCAGGACAGAGCCACCUCAGGGCGAAGACCAAGUAGACAUCUGCAACCUCAGGAGCAAGCUGAGGCCUGCCAAGUCCCAAGAGAAACCCCUACUAGAUGGAGAGAGCGGCCACCAGCCUGCUGGGGGCCAAGAUGCAGCCUUCAGCCGGGGCUUCCUCCCAGGCGACGGGCCUGGCCGCACCCAGGACAGGACGGCCAAACAGGAUGGGCUCAGCCCAAAGGAGAUGUCCUGCAGAGCCCCUCCGAGGCCAGCCAAGACCGCAGAUCCUGUGCCUAAGAGUGUGCCCGCCCCACUGCAGGAGGCUUCCCCGCAGAGACCCGUGGUCCUGCCCCGCAGACCACCGCCCCCCAAGAAAACCACCUCAUCCUCCAGGCCCCUCCCAGAGGUCAGAGGACCACAACGGGAAGCCAACGAAGGCAAGACAGCUCCUGCCUCAGGCCGGGCCCUGCUGGUCCCUCCUAAAGCCAAACCUUUCCUUUCCAAUUCCUCAGGUGGCCAAGACGACAUGAGAGGCAAAGGUGGUCCGGUACCACGGAUGGCGGGCAAGAUGGGAGAAAACAGGGAGAAAGUAGCCGCAACCCCCUUCCCCAAUGCGGAUGGCCCGAAGGACUCUUUAUAUGUGGCUGUGGCCAACUUUGAAGGAGACGAAGAUACCAGCAGCUUCCAGGAGGGGACGGUGUUCGAGGUCCGGGAAAAGAACAGCAGUGGCUGGUGGUUCUGCCAGGUCCUGAGCGGGGCCCCUUCCUGGGAAGGGUGGAUUCCUUCCAACUAUCUCAGAAAGAAGCCGUAG